AUGGAUACACACUCGAACCCAGAAAGUCUGGCAUCCUUAGCCCAGAAUAUCAGCAAAUCGUUCGCACUGGCAGCUUCUCAACAGCAAGAUGAAAAAGGUCAGCAGUUCAACUUUGAGCUCGUCAACCAAACACAGCGAUUUGAUUUAUGGGCAAAGAAUUUGGGUCUUUACCAUUUAGGUCAUAGCUCACUUGACUAUCGAUUUCGUGAUGCUCCCUCUAUUUCUGAAUAUACCUUUGGUCUGCUCCAGGAUCUCGGAAGGCUCUUGGAUCAAAGUGAGUGA